AUGGCCGUUACCGUCGCUAUCGCUAUCGUGGCCGUGUUCUUCAUCGCCAUUACCGCCGUCGUCGGGCUAGAUGAAAUAAUUCUCGAAAGUCAAUUCUGCUAUCUAGGCUACACCCGGAACCAACAUCUCGCCGGCGUCAACACGGCGCUGGUGAUCCGCCGCAUGCAAGGCACUUGUAACGGGGAACUGACGGCGAGAGCAGGCCGCAUUACCGCUCUGGAAGUCCCGCAAGGACUAGAAGAUCGGCACCACAUUUCUCGGAAUAGCCUUAUCGUUAGGGAAGCAAGCCGGGCCGUUAUACUUGUCCAUUUUGACAAGCAGAACAAGGGGAGCCUCGCUGCGAGGGUCUUCUACGUCACAUCCGACAACUUCUCGCCCGACGAUCCAGACGCCGAAGAGAAGCGGAAGAAGCUCGUCCCCUUCCCCAGGCUGAAAACGCUUCACGUCACAAAGAGGGGGACCGGUGUUCCCGGCGGAAGGAGCUACCGCGGCUCAACUUGCUCUCGCACCAUCGGAAUCAAGCCCGGAAGUCCAGAGCCUUCCAGCAAGGCCCCCGCGGGGCCCCCACGGUAA